UCGUGACCCGACCUUGGUUACUAAUACAUAAAAUAAUAUAGCCAGCAAAGAGCUAGUUCAAUACGUGUGAUUAUUGCAGGAUGUAACCAGUGUAUUAUAUUUAUAACUAUCUAUCUACACGAGUUAGACUCUUUUAUAUGCUGCUGUGUUUGUUUUGAGACGAGCAGAGGAGGUAUUUUGCAGUGUUCAAAUUCAGGAAGUGGAUGAGAACAGUUCACGCCCAAAAGAAAUAUUUCAAGCAAAGCUGGUUGUGAUUCUACUUUUCAUUGCAACAGAAUGAUGUCGGAGAGGCAAAUGUCGAACAGCUCUGGGGAACAGAGACAGAACCCAUCUCUUCUAACUGUACUCAAUAAAUUUGUACAAGCUGUGAACGUUAUGGACGAAACAGUUAUGAUUCCAAGUCGCCUGAAAGACAUGGAAAUAAGAACUUCUGAAACAAAUGCGGAAAUCGUAGAGGAAAAUAACAAUAUGUCGCUGGUGCCAAUCAUGAAACCAGGCACAGACUUACAUAGUUUCUAUAAGAUGCUGAAUACAGUUAAAAAAGAAAUCAUCGGAGGAAAAUCCGGAGAAGAGGAACAGACAGUGACGUCAUCGGAUUCUGAGGACGAUACAGCAAAUGACUCUUCUAAGAAGACGGCAGAAUUGUUCCGUCAUCAUUUACGGGGACUUUUUAACGUCGUGAAUCAGUUGACAGAUACAGCUAAAGUACUCACUGAAAAAUAUGAGUCGGAAUUCGUUGGGGAGGUGUCCAAUAAAUCGAUUUCGCCUUUCGCUAUUUGAUAGCUGACUGCUGAAGCUAUGUUUAGGGUAAACCAGUGCUGUUUGUGUGAGUGUUUUGUAUGAUUAUUCAUGUAUGAUGUAGCCUUUUUUAAAAGAGAUGAAGCGAAUUACCAGCAACAUUCGUCCAAGUGCAAUGAAAUGUGGACAAUAAACUAGAAACGUCAUAGGAAAACCACUAACUGUGCCUUAAUUUCAGUGUUGAUGAUCGUUUUUGCAUGUACAUGUAUAUUCUUAAUUUAUGUGUUUUUUCAGUUUUAAAUUUUUUUUUUGCAAACAUGACAAUUUGCAAAAUAUGCAUGUGUUCAUGGUGUUCUAUUACAAAAUUCUUUUUUUUUUCCAGUAAAAAAAAUUU